AUGGAUGAAAUAGAAGUCAACUACGUAUUUCACAAAAGCUCUGUGAACAAUCAUACAGAGAAUAUCACUAGGGAUGGAUCUGUUGAUCUCUUUCCAGAGAUGGGCUCUACGAUCACAGACCCUAUUUAUGUAAGGAAUUAUGAAAAUGGAAGUAUACCAAGGAUUAAAAACUACCAAGAUCAAAGGGUUUUAACUCCAGACUUAAUAUACAGUAAAAGAAAGAUACCAAAGGGAUGCAACGGUAUAAAUUUGUCCCAAAGUUGGUCCCCAAAACACAGUCAAGCAUUAACUAACCCACUCUUCGAAGGACAGAUGCUGGGUGAAGUGGUUCAAAUUUACCUACCCUAUCCAUUGCUUUCCCAAGCCCAAGCAACAAUUCGUACUAUCACGGUCUAA